AUGACUACCUGGACGAGUCUUUGGCUUCUGUUGUGGCGCGCUUUUGUUGCCAAGUCCAAAAGUCCUUGGUCUCAGGAAGGUAUCUCCCUGGCAAACCUUUGGAGGGAUUUCCCUCAGCCCAAACCGUCUAAGAAACAGUUUGAGCAAUGGCAUGCUAUGGGCUGCAAGUUUGCAGCCAUAGCAGCCGGUGGAUCUAUCUAUGCCCUUGUUUUGGUUGCAGGCUUGAACUUACAGGUUCAACUUGGUGAAAUGGAUGGAAUGACGCCAUGGGGGAUAGCCAAUGUCUUUAGGCUAUCCGGUUCAAAUUGUUGGGGAGUCCGUAUGCGCACUAUAGACAUAGCUCAUGUACCCAUACAUCAUCAUGGUCAGGCUAUCUUAGGUCCACUAUCAUCAUCAUUACCACUAGUUGUCCUCCCUGAAAUGUAUGUGGUUAGCACAACAUUCCAGAAUAUGGCUGAAGGCAAUCGCCAAUACUCUGCACCACGGGAUCCUGGCACUAACUACGAGUGGACCAAAUCAGAAAGUGAAAGGGCUAGUCGAGCCAUCAAGGUCACAGAUGUGGAGGACCUGACAGCCAAGAUACAGAAACAUUAUGAUGGGGGUGUUCAUACAGACCCCUCAGCAUACUUGUAUAUACCAUCCUCAAUAGUUCCCUCCAUCCCUCUUCUCUUGAAAAACAGCAAUGAUUCGCUCAUGUUAUUUUUAAACAGCUCUAUGCCAGAAUCAAUCCGCACCACUCUCCUGCCUAACUUCCAGUCCUGCCUAGGCUCCACCACAUCUCUACAUCAUGUAGACUCAGCUGUUGAAGGUAAAGGCUUCACAUUUGAAGCUCUACAUUUUUCUUGGUACAACCGCCAUUGUACAAAACUUGUCCCCUAUACAUCCAAGGAGAUUCAAGACCACACUGACAUUUACCAGAGACAUAAAAAUGUAUUUGCUGAUCUCUUUGAAUGGAUAAAUGAAAUGCUUGCUACUUAUCUACCUGCCAAAUAUUUGGUACUCAAACAACAUGCUGAGUUACUCUUUGGUAACAACACCUCUGCUGUUUGCCCAUUCUUAGGUCUUGUGGUCAAUAUCAAUGUUUCAACCAAGGCUCACAGGGAUGCCAAGGACAAACUCUUUUGUCUAGUCAUACCACUGGACAUUUACCAAUUGUUUGAUCCAGAGUUUGUCACUAAUUGUACUAGUCAUAAGAUCUGGGCAGAACAAAACUCAGGGGACCAACUGAUGAAGAAGUUGCAAACAUCUGAAAAGGAUGCAAAUGCUGACAGGCUAGCAGAUAUUUGUCAGAAAACAGCUCACAUAAUGGAUACUAAGGAUGGUGAGGAAGAAGGAGACUUGGAUAGGCCUGACAUUGAUAGUGAAGAUGAACCUCUUCAUAAGAGGGCCAGGAAUAGCAUGGAAGAGGAACUAGAAGAUGAAGAUGAAGAUGCUCUAAUGCAGACCUUUAGAUGCUUGACAGGCAACUCACAGCAAGUUACUCCGUCGCCUUCAUUGACCCAGGAGUUGGACAAUCCUUGCUACGAACAAAUGGUCUCAUCAUUGCGUACCAAUAUACAGAUUACUGCAUCACCAGCUGAAAGUGUUUGGUUGGUCAACAAUAACCGUAAAAGGAAUAGCAGUAGUUCUCCUUCAUUGACGCCUUCCAGAGAUUCCAAGGCCAUCAUCACUAGCUUUAGUCCUACCAGCUCCAGGCUGGCUAAAGCAGGACAUUCUCAAAUGUGUGUCAUUCUUUCUACUGUAAAAGGCUUCCCAGGUACUGAUGAACGAGAUGAACUUGUUUGGAAUGCAAUCAUCAAAGUUGCCAGUUCUUCUUCGCUAUUCAAGACUACCAUAGUAGAUUUGGAGAAUGCAAGGAAUGAGCAGAAAAAAAGUAGAAUCAUCGAUUAUGUGUGGGCAGCUGCAGCUCAGCUUAGAGGUGAAGUCAAACAAAAGGCUAGGAUACUCAUUCUCUCAGAAUAUGCCCUCAAAAACAAGCUCCCAGAGGAAGUACGUACUAUAGUGGAGUGGUUGUUGAGUAACGGAAAAGACUUAUUCAUAUGA